UAAGACAUAAGCUCUAACUACAUGUUAUCAACGAACAAGACUUAAACUUUGAAGACAACUAUGUAUUAUUAUUAGUUAUAUUAUGAUUCAUUUUAAAAUGUUUGCUAUUUGUGUAUGAAAUUAAUUCCUUUUUUUUUGUAAAAGAUUUACAAUUCAAAUAUUGUAUGAACUAUAAUGAAUAGUGACACAUUUGAAUUAGGUGUGCUGCAAUUUGGACGAUUACCACAAAUGCCCGUGAAAUCGUCAGAUGUAAGAUCUAUUUUAUUAUUCAGUGUCUGUAUUAUUUAUUAGCUUAAAUACAAUAAAUAAUAUACAUCCACUUAUUUUACAUUAAAUAUAUAAUCUCAUAAUUAAUUGUAUGUGUGCCUAAUUCCUAUUAUAUAAGUACAUAACAAGAAUUAAUGAGUUACUAAUUUUAUUUGGCUAUUUACCAUAGGUACUUUUACAUGCUUUACACAACAGUUUUAACUAUCAAAUAUUCAAUUUAAGAUAAAUGCAUUAUUAUUUAAUAUUAAUUGUAAUUACUGUAGUAAUAAUUGUACAAUUUUGGAUAGAGAUUCAACAUUUUGAAAGAAACAAUUCCAAUAUGAUUUAAAUAUUAAAUCAUAUUGUAAUCAAAUUAUAUCAUAAUUAUUGGUUAAAAAUCUACGAAUAAAGUUGUUUAUCAUUGUUUAUUAACAUAUUUUUAGGUCCUGGAAUGUCGUGUUUGUGAAGAUGUAUUCACUCUCCAAGGAGAUAAAGUUCCACGUUUACUAUAUUGUGGACACACUAUUUGUCAUUCUUGUUUGAUACGUUUAAAUGAACAAAGUUCUUCAAUUCUAUGCCCAUUUGACAGACAAAUAACACCUAUAGGACGUUCAGGAGUAUGGGGAUUAAAAAAAAAUUUUGCGUUAUUAGAACUUUUGGAACGUUUACAACCACCUACCAACAAUACAGAUGCAGAUAUGAAUUUUACUGCAUAUUUUAGACCAGAUUUAAUGGAAAGAGAUGAACAAGUAUAUUUUUAUAUAGUUUUUGAUCAAAUUUUUGUUUUGUUACUUAUGAUUUUAUUCUUGGGUAAUUUUUAGUUGCAUGUACCUUGUGAUGAAAGUGCUAAUCAUAUAGCUGUUCUUUAUUGUACUGUAUGUUGUACAAAUUUAUGUUCCUAUUGUUCUGAACAAACUCAUAAUACACGGACCUUGAUUAAACAUCGUCGUGUCCCUCUAUCUGAAAAACCACAAGAAAGACCUCGAUGCUCAGUGCAUCAAUCUCAUCUUGCUGAAUUCACUUGUUUGGAAGAAAGUUGUAGUCAACCAUCACCUUUAUUUAUGUGUUUUGUCUGUAAAGAUUAUGGAACACAUAAAAAUCAUAAGGUAUUUUAUCAUAAGAAUAAGUAAAUAUAAUGAUUUUGAUAUAUAUAUAUAUAUACAUACAUAUACAUAUAUUUCAGCAUGCUUUAGUUGAAGUAGAAGCAGAAAAUAUAAGAUCCAAAAUAAAAAAUGCUGGGCCAUUAAUGGGAAAUUUAUUACAAGAACUUAAUGAUGCUAUUCUAAGAUUAGGUAAAAAUCUGCAAUAUAAGUAAAAUAUUUAAUCAAAAAUUACUAUAUUUUUAAUAAUAGAAAUGUGUUUGAGAUUUAUUGAAUAGUUUAAAGAUAUAAUAUAAGGAAAGCUGAAAAUAAUACUUUAAAUAAAUAUUAAAUUGAAAAAAUCAUUGCAUUGUAUUGUGUUGUGAGGGUAAAUAGUUAAAAGAGAUAUGAGAAGAAAUACAUUUUAAAACUAAUGGGAUAUUGUUAUGACCCAUUUGAAGAGGUAUAAUUAAAAUUUAGUAGGUUACAAAAAUUAGGCACUUUUUAGAUAUUAAUUUAAUAAAACAGUAAAAAAAAACACUACAUAAUUAUUAUAUUUUUCAGAUCAAUCAUUAACACGUUUGGGAGAUACAGAUGCAAAUGGCGUAGUUGAUGAAGAAUCUGUUCCCAGUACAGGUCGUUUGGCACUGACCAGAGUUCAGUUAUAUUUUCAACAUCUACGUGAAGCAUUACAAGUUCAAGAAACUGCUGCCUUAAGUACUAUUGAUACACACAUACGAGAGAGAAUAGGUUCAAUAAAGGGCUUGCAAGAAGUGUUAGGGUCAUCAUUAGCACAAGUGGGUUUGAUAUGUUUACAGUGUGAACAAAUUCUUCGGCAGGAUGAUUUCCGUGUGAUAUCAGCUGGUGCAAAGAUUAAUGAAGUUCUAGAUGUUAUCGAAAAACAAAAACAAACAUUUGCUGAACUUAGUCCAGAGCAGUUACAACCAGACGUCAGCAUACCUAUAACUUUCACAAAAGUAAUGUUUGGCAAUUUGUUUUUUUUUGUUUUUAAUUUAUUGUUCAUUUUUAAAUAGGACAAUAGAGUGCAUAUUGGUCCAAAAAUGGAAAUUCGUGUAGUUACUUUGGGCUUAGAUGGAGCAGGCAAAACAAGUGUUCUUUUCAAAUUGAAACAAAAUGAAUUUAUAACUACAAUUCCAACUCUUGGAUUUAAUGUAGAAACUGUUGACUAUAAAAAUAUGAAGUUUACAAUAUGGGAUGUUGGCGGGCAACCUAAAUUGAGACCAUUGUGGAAACAUUACUACCUUAAUACACAGGUUUGAUGUGUUUUGAAACUUAAAACAAUUGUUUUUGUAAAUACGUUAUUUAUAAUGAUUAAUAAGUAAUAAAUGAUAACAAAAGUUAACAUUUAACUGUUUAUUGUUUCUAUACAAUAUUUAGGCAGUCAUCUUUGUGAUUGACUCCAGUAACCCAGAAAAACUAUUAGAGUCAGCUAAUGAAUUAACAAAGCUAAUGACAGAAAAAGAAUUGAAAGAUGCUGCAUUGUUGAUUUUGGCAAACAAACAAGUAGAAUAUAUAAUUUAUUUUUUCAAAUACAUUUUUUGUUUGAGAAUUAUUUAACAUCAAAUUUGUAUUUUUAAGGAUAUACACGGAUGUGCAACUAUUGAAAACAUAACUGAAUUAUUUGCCUUGCAUAGAUUGUGCUGUGGGCGCAGUUGGCAUAUACAAGCUUGUGAUGCCCCAAGUGGUGCUGGUCUUUAUGAAGGACUUGAUUGGCUUGCUAGACAACUGGUUGCUUCUGGUGUUCAUGAUCUCAAUGAAUAAUAGUGUAUAUUUAAAAAAAAAAACUUUUUGCUGAAAUUAUAGGUUUGCUUUAAAUUUAAUACACAAUUAUUUAUACACUAUACAUUUAAUUACAAGUAAUUAUUAUAAAUCUAAAAAUAUAUUCUUUUUUUUUUUUCAGAUUUAUUGGGCUUUGUAUUGAAUUUAGGUAUUAUCGUUAUUAUUUUGUUUUUUCAUUGAUUUGAGAAUAUCAUGCUGAAAAUUUUAACAUUUUUUGUAUUAAUUAUUAGUGUGUAUUAUAAAGAUUAAAUGAAAUAUUAAACCAAUAAACUACUUACUGUAUACUUAAUAUAUGAGAGAAAAGUAUCAUACAUAAUAGAAACCAUGUUUACAAAUACAAGUCUGUAUUUUGGAUCUACAAAUUUGAAGUUAAUGUAUUGUGAUGGAACAAAAACAGCACAAUCAACCUAAAAGUGGAUUAAACAUAAAUAUUAAACAUAAUACCUAAUUUUUUAUUUUUAAUGUCUAGAAAUUUUUUUAUUAUUUUAGCAUAUUUUUUUUCAACGUAAAAUUAAAAAAUGUGCAUCUAAUUGAAUAAAUUUUAUUAAAUUAGUUAUUUAAAAUUUAAAACAAAAGCUAAUUAUUUAUAAUGUUGUUUUUAUUUGUUUUAAUAGUGUUUUUUUCUAUUAAUAUUUUUAUUAAUAGACUACACGAUAACAACUAUUUUACUGUAUUUAAAUAUUUUGGAAAUAAGUAAUGUAACCUAAGUUCAAUUAAAAAAUAAAAACACCUACAUCCCC